UUCACCGGUCUGCAUCCAGCUCUAACCCCCACCCCGGCAGUUCUCUAUAAAUAAGGGGCCAGAUAAAAGGAUGGGCGAAGAGACUUGGAGUACCAAAGGAUACCUGACAUGGAGGGAAAAGCUGCUUCGCCCCCAAACUGAAAACUUCUAUAUUUCCCACAUUUCUGGAUCCACCUUUCAAGAGGAAUAUUCUUAAAGCUGGUCAGUCGGGAUUUGAGAAGAUAGCUUCCAGGACGAAGAUUUCCUGUCCUGAGCUUAUUCAUAUCCUCCAACUUACUUCUCAAUCAGCAGCCGCUGCCUGAAUGUAGCUGCACAAGAAGUUUCUCUCUUUUCUUCGGAGCCGAAACUCCUCAGUCCCGCAAAGCAGUAUGGUUGGACUGAAGCCCACGGACAUCCCCCCGUCGGCAACCAUCAAAUUUCUCAGUGCCGGGACGGCGGCCUGCAUAGCCGACCUGUGCACCUUCCCCCUGGACACAGCCAAAGUCAGGCUUCAAAUCCAAGGAGAAUCGAAAACUUCCAAGACUGCAAAGAACGUCAAAUACAAGGGGGUCUUGGGCACCAUCACCACCAUGGUGAAGAUGGAAGGGCCCAAGAGCCUCUACAACGGGUUGGUGGCCGGCCUCCAGCGCCAGAUGAGCUUCGCAUCCAUCCGCAUCGGGCUGUAUGACUCGGUGAAGCAGUUCUACACUCCCAAAGGGUCAGACCAUACUAGCAUUGUGACCCGAUUGCUUGCUGGCUGUACCACGGGAGCCAUGGCUGUAACAUGCGCCCAGCCCACGGAUGUGGUUAAAGUGCGCUUCCAAGCACACAUCAGACUGGUUGACGGACCCAAGAAGUACAACGGGACUGUGGACGCGUACCGAACCAUCGCUAGGGAGGAAGGAGUCAAAGGCCUGUGGAAAGGCACUCUGCCCAACAUCACCCGCAAUGCCAUCGUGAACUGCGGGGAGCUGGUUACCUAUGACCUCAUCAAGGAAACGCUGCUGAAAUAUCACCUCAUGACAGAUAAUUUCCCGUGCCAUUUUGUUGCCGCCUUUGGAGCCGGGUUCUGCGCGACCGUGGUGGCGUCACCAGUGGACGUCGUCAAGACGAGAUACAUGAACUCCAUUCCUGGGCAGUAUAAAAACGCCCUAAAUUGUACGCUGACCAUGGUGAUGAAGGAAGGCCCCACUGCAUUUUACAAAGGCUUCAUGCCUUCAUUCCUGCGACUGGGCUCCUGGAACGUGGUGAUGUUCGUGUCCUUCGAGCAGCUGAAACGGAUGAUGGUUCUGGCCCAGGUAGCCUGGGAGUCCCCGUUCUGAAACCACACGGGGCUGUCUCUGGGCUGAAAAGGUCGAGGCGGAUCGUGCCAAGUACUCCCCAAGAGCAACGCUAUGAGAAAAACGUGAGAUGUGGCUUCGGAUGGGAACUGCCUGCCGGAGUGAGCUUUAAGAAGCCGUUCUCGUCGGGGGAGGCCGGACGUAAAUAUCAAUGAUUUCAAAACAAACUGAGCAGCUCAACGCAGCAUAAUACUUAAGCCAACAAAGAACGCUUUUACUAGCAGUCAUGAGCCGUGGCUUCUAAUGCCACCUUACUUGGAAGAUUCUGCCUAAUUGAUCGGAACAUGAUAUUGCAGACUGAGCUGCCUUCCACGGAACUCCAUACCUGUCCUGAGACCAACCUCGUGAAUUCCCACUACCAAGUGCGAUGUAAAGAGAGCCCAGAAGAAGAAGCCAGCCUGCUGCUGUCAUAGGGAGGGGAGGAGAUCUACGCAAAUGUUCCAGCAUGUUCCCA